AUUUAAGGGAUAAUUUGAGUCUUACGUCUCAACUAAUCAUUUUUUAUUCUAAUUAAUCGGUUGUCUCCCCUCCCUACCUAUCAAAUCUCGUUUUCUAAUCAACAGAUUUUGUCCAGAAGGUCUUUUUUUUUUUUUUUAUAAAUCACGGGAUGAUGUGUAUCAGGCAACCUAAAAAACUUGUAAAUAUUUUUUCAUGAUUUUGGGUGUGAUGAGAUUUGGCAAAUAGAGACAAUAAUUGCAUGGUCCAUCAAGGUGUAAAAAUUAUAUCUAUGAAAAUCAAAUCUAUCCCUUUAAAUGGUGUGUCACAUUCAUUUUAUGGAUUCUGUAUCACCCACGUGGAAUAAACGUGCGACUUUAUUUUUUUAUUAUUAUUAUAUUCAAUAAUCACACAAUACCUAUACUGAGUUUUGCUUGAAUCUUCUUGAUGCUUGCUUGCUGCUGGGAACAAGGAAAGGAUGAGGUUGAGUAUUUCAGGCUUGGUGAUCUUUGGGACUGUUACGAUGAGCUGAGUGCAUAUGGCUUUGGAUCGCAGGUCGAGUUAAGCAAUGGUGAAACUGUUAUGCAGUACUAUGUCCCGUAUCUUUCAGCCAUCCAAAUCCACACUAACAAACCCGGCUUGAUUUCCAGGAGCCAGAAUGAGGUGGUUGAAUCUGAGAGUAGCGAGUGUUGGAGCGAUAGUGAGAGUGAAAAGUUGCUGUCAAGGUCAAUGAGCAAUGAUUCGAGCAAAACAUGGGAUGCUGUCUCUGAAGAUUCGGUUUCUGAUCCGGAUGCUACACUACUGCUCAAAGAUAGACUUGGUUACCUUGACUUUAAGUACAUCGAAAGAGAUCCUCCCUACAAGCGGGUUCCCUUAACCGACAAGAUAAUUGAACUGGCGGAGAAGUAUCCUGGACUCAUAACCUUAAGGAGUGUCGAUAUGUCUCCUGCAAGUUGGAUGGCUGUUGCGUGGUACCCUAUUUAUCACAUCCCAUCAUGCAAGAAUGAGAAAGAUUUGACGACAGGCUUCCUAACUUAUCACACUCUUUCUUCGACUUUUCAAGCUGCAGAUAAUGUGGUGGAAGGAGAUCAAAGCAACAACAAAGACCAGGAAGAAACAGAAGAGUGUGAUGAAGAAUCUGUUGUCAACAAGAGAAUCCCAUUGCCUCCAUUUGCUUUAGCUAGUUACAAAAUGCAAGGUGAUCUUUGGAGUAAGACAGGAUUUGACCAAGACCGGUUGAAUUAUCUUCAAAAGGCUGCAGAUUCAUGGCUCAAACAGCUCAAUGUUGAUCACCAUGACUAUAACUUUUUCAUAAACUCGAGCUUCUAAGGUCUUCUUAGCUCGUAUGUUUAUCGUUUCUCCCAAAAAAAAAAACAACCGUAACCCCUGAACAUUUCUUUCUUGUUUCAAGCUCCUAUCCUCUCUCCUUCUCUGUGUUUCUUCUGUUCUUUUUGUUUUUCUUUUGUCUGGCCCGUUGUGUUGUUUUAGGUAGCAACCGCCAUCGCGGAGCUUUUCCUCCUGUUCCAAGCCAAUCAUGGAAGUAUCUAAGAAAGAAAACAAAGUUUUUUUUUUCUCUCCCUUUACUUUUGUUUUUGGGUUUUUACAGUGAUGAGAAAACAAGAAAAGUUGUUUUUCUUGGGGGUGAGACGAUGUAAAUGGUCCUGUGAACAGAGUACUCUGUUUUGUACUUUUCUGUCUAAAUAGACAAAAAUCUUUUUCUUUU